GUGGCGGUGAUGGUGGCGGCGAUGGUGGCGGCGUCGUCGUCUAUCGAUAAGGAAUGAUGGAGGGGUAGCGCGGGAGGUGCAGCACCAAGCUUGACUGACUACAACAACGGACGGCUGCUGAGCUCCAACCAAACAAACAACUGCCAUCUUACCUUGCACAACCUCUCUCGCGAGGCAACGACGACCACAUCUCAGAGGGGCAGCAUCAGCAGCUGGAGUAGCAGCAGAAAAUCAGUGACGUCUUUCUUCCCGACGAUACACACACAGCCACACACACACAACGAUGGCCUCGUCCUCCAACGACGAGCCGCCGCGCUCGCUCCGCGCCGUCUUCGAGGACGCAGAGGAGAAGCGCCGCGCCCUCGAGGCCUCCCCCGACGCGGCUACCUCGCCGCGCUACGCCGACGCCGUCGACGCCGCCGCCGCGCAGUACGCCCGCGCGCUCGACCUGUCUUCGGCGCUGGCCGUCUUCUCGCCCAACGAGUCGCUCGAGGACCUGGCCACGGCGUCGCUGCCGUACCUGCUCGCGAGCUUUUACCUGGCCGAGGUGCUGCAGCGGACGCCCACGUUUGUCCAUCCCGUGCCGUCUGCUAGCGGCAGCGGCAGCAGUGGCGCGCCAUCGUCGUCGCCGUCCGAGUCGACGCGCAGGCGGCUCGAGGUCCUGCGCCGCGCGCGCGCCGCGUACGAACGUUUCGUCGACCUGGCCGACGCGUACGGCCUCGUGUCGGGGCCCUACGUCGAGAUGCUGGAGCGGUACCGCGACGACGCAGAGGGCUUCGCCGUGGUGCCGCCGGGGCGGGACGCGGCCGCCCGGCGCGAGGGCAAGAUUGCGGGCUUCCGCGCGGAAAAGGCGCUGCGCGAAAGGCUCGCGUACCUCCGGGCCAGAAAGAGCCGGCGGCGCCACAACGAUGAUGAGGACACCGGCGGCGUUGAUGACGAAGAUGAUGACGGCGACGUGGACGAGGAGGUGGCGCGCGAGCUGCACCUCGCGACCGUGGCGCACGCGGUGCACCAGACCUUCCAGGCGCUCGACUCGAUGAACCGCGAGGUGCCGCUGCUCGCUCAGGCGCAGUCAGCACCCGACAACUACAACAACUACAACAACAACGGUGCCGAGCGUCAAUCAGGAAACCAACGCCCCCGCGCAAACGACGACGACGACGCCACGACAUGGCGCCUCGACCAGCCGCUCCACCGCAGCGGGCCCGGGGCCACGAGACCGGGACGCGGCGGCCCUCUCCUCUCGCAGCGCGGCACGCCCCUCCAGCCGUUCACGCUCGUCGGCUCGCGCGCGGACCUGGCCCGCGGCGUGUUCCGCCCGGGCCACAACCUCCCGACCAUGAGCAUCGACGAGUACCUCGAGGAGGAGCGCCGGCGCGGCGGCAUCCUCGAGGGCGGCACCGACCCCGCCAGGCCCCAGGUCGACGAGGACGACGUGGACGCCGCCGACCGGGAGACGUACAAGGCGCGCGAGUGGGACGACUUCAAGGACGAGAACCCCCGCGGGUCGGGCAACACGCUCAACAUGGGGUAGCCUUUUCUGCAUUUCUCUGCUUGCUUGUCUGUUUGCUUGCUUG